GAAAAGCGAAAAGGAGUUGCGUGAAUCAGAAUUUCGGGCGUACGAGCAAAUUCCCGAAUUUCGCAAAACCCUAAACCUUCCGCAUAACGUUCCAAUGGAUGGUUUCAGGCUCUGAAAGGUUCCUUCAUUGGAGUUCUCGUGAAAAGCCGAGGUUUUGAUUCAACGUGGACUCUUGAACUAACGAACUCUGUUUCUUUGCGCAGAAAGUACGUGCGUAUCGCAGGUCGAUUGAUAUUUCCGGGUUCGGUUUCUCGUGCAUCAGAAGAUGCUUCCGCUUUCUCUUCUCAAGACAGCACAGGGGCAUCCUAUGUUGGUGGAACUUAAAAAUGGGGAAACAUACAAUGGGCAUUUGGUGAAUUGUGAUACUUGGAUGAAUAUCCAUCUUCGUGAAGUCAUAUGCACCUCAAAGGAUGGAGAGAGGUUUUGGAGAAUGCCUGAAUGUUACAUUCGAGGGAAUACAAUUAAGUAUCUGCGAGUUCCCGAUGAGACCUUUGGGGGUCAUUUCCAUCUUCCAUGUAAUAUUGUCUUUGUUUUGCAGGUAAUUGAUAAAGUACAGGAGGAAAGUAAAAGUCGUUCGGAUAGGAAACCACCUGCAGUAGGACGUGGAAGGGGAAGAGGUAGAGAGGAUGCUGCUGGAGGGAGACAAACAAGAGGUGUUGCGCAUGGCAUAGACGACGCAGGUGCCAGAGGAAUGGGUGGAGGCCGCGGCAAGGGAGGGUCCGGCAGCAAGUCUACUGGUAGUAGAGGUGGUGGUGGUGGUCGUGGCCGUGGCUGACAAAAAAAAAAAAAAAAACUUAGGAUGCCAUAAAAGGAUGUCAGAUGAGAGUUGUAUUUCUGCCGACAUAUUUUUGGGAGCUAUUGGCCAGAAAUUGCCUGGGGGAAGAAGGAAACAUGUUCUCUCUCUCUCUCUCUUAUUUUUGGUGAGUUCAACAGUAUUCUUCUUGUUUCUAUUUUUAAUUGGCAAGUGAGGAAAUCAAACUGAAGUGCCACAAUGCCUGUUUUGAUGUUACUGAUUUAUUUGUGUUUCUUUGGUUGUCAGCACAUGUAAAAAUCCUUGUUCACCCAUUUGUAAUUUGUGCACUCUUAACAAUUGGUUUUGGAUUAAGCUAUUUAUCGAGAAAGGUUCAAAGAAUGGUUUAUCGAAUUUUUUAAAU